CAAAAUAAUAUCCGGGGUCAAAGAGGAAACAAGAGUAUGCAGGUCAGGGAGAGCAGAGAGUAUCGAGUAGCAAUUCCACUGCAGAAUUCGGAGGCUACCCAUCACUAAGAAUGGAUUCCGCAACCGCUGCAGCGAGGACAUCAGUGACAGUACCAGACAUGUUCAUGUUCUUAUUGCCCUUCCUGUUGCGUUUUCCACCGGGAGUGCCGUGACCAGGUGAUGACGGGGAGACCCCACGCUUGGAGAUGGCAGAAGCGGAGUCCAUUUCAAGAUCAGCAGACUCGGCGUCGGCAAGCUGAGGUUGGGGUUGACUGGGUGCCGGAAGACGAGAUGGAGGUGCGUGAGCAGGCAUAUCCGCAAAAGGUUCAGCCGAGGGGACGCUGGUAUUAUUAGAGGCAUGAGGUGCCACGGCCUCUUGCAAGGGAGGGAAGAGGGACGCAAGCAUUGUAAUCAUCGGACUGAUUUCUUCCCUGAGCUUGGCUACAGCAGCUUCCACGGCAGCAGAGAUCAUCUUCUCCAGGUCGCCAUUGACAGGCCUCUGGGCCUUUUGGGCAAAACUGGAACCACGACCCCUUAGAGCAGCUAGAGCAUCAUAACGCGAGCAGUGCCGAGAAUCCAUAAUUUCCAAAAGUAACACCUCUUGGUCACGGGAGCUACAGGUCUCGCAGUCAGCAUAGUGAGGAUCCCCACAUAGGCGGCAUUUCAGCUGGGCACCGUCAGGGCACGCUAGCUCUUCAUGCUUAUCACCACAACGUCUACAACAUACAUCCGAUUUACAGUUCUUGGCCACAUGCCCGAAGCGGAAACAGUGUCUGCACUGUACGACCCUGCGAUGGAAGGGAUCAACACGAAAAAUGAGAGGCCACGACUUCACCUCAGAAGGGCAAGUGUGACCGGCGAACGUGACGAUUACCGACUCGGUGGGGACGCGUUUAUCAUUGUCCAACCUGCUACAGCGGAAGGCUUCCAGAGCACCAACGGAAUCGAAUAGCUCGAUAAGUUCACACGCAGGCAGUGAAACGUCAACGCCACGCACCACCCCCUUAACGCAGGCAAGAUGAUGCGGGACGAAAGCUUCGACGGGCAGGCCACCGAAGGAGCGUGUCGUCAGCAAGGUCUGGACAACUGUCAAGUUGCGGGACCUGCAGACGAUGCCGUCCCUUCCGUAUUGACGCACCUCGGAGAUGUCGCGGAAAUCAGGAGUAACCUGUUCUAAACAGCGAAUAAGGACCUUUGGGUUCUUGGAGCGAAUGGACGUGCCAUUUGUAGGUUUUAUUACCACCGGGAGAGAUGGUAGCCCAUUAUCAAUGAAGCGAUCAAGAGGAUAUGACGUGAUAUCGACAGAUGAUGACCAGUAAUGGUCAGGGUCGCUAAUGGGGGGAGGCAUCCCCCCUCCUUGGUAUGCGCUGGCCAAUCCCCCUUACCUCACGCCCUAACCGAUUUUAACUCUUUUUUAACAUCCUGUUGACCGCACCUCAGUAGUCCUGGCCAAUCUCAAUAGCGGAUAAGCGCCAUCCCGCUUGGGGAGCAACAACAACAUUCAUCGUCAUCACUUCCGAUGCUCCUCGCGCACAACGUUCGACGUCUCGAACAGCUGAAGCGCCAGUUGUUCGCUUGGCAGUAGCUAACCAUACAUUACUUUCCAGAGUGCUACGCACAAUGCCUCCUUUUCUUCAACGCUUCGUGAGCUUCCGCUCUGCUACAGACAUUGAGAGCAAACAGGAAGUUUCCGAAGACCAGCAUGAGCAUUGGCCUGUGUUCAUGGCUGAGGUCCUCUCCCUUGUGAUGGUGCUGAGCUGCUUAGGCGUAGCGCUCUACUUUGUCCUGGCACCACGAAGAGUGGUUCCUUUCGAGCCACCAGUAAUCACAAUGAUACGACCAGAAGGACAGGUCGCUGGCCACAGUGAAGUGUCAGGUGGCGGCCUUCUGUACGGCCAUUCAGUAAAAGGAGGUACAACGUCCUCUGGAAGCCUUCCGCAGGACGAAGACGUGUCUUCCACCAACGGCUCGGAACCUGCCGUCAGAACACCGCACGGUAAUGGCACAGUGCUUCAUGGCAAGGACCACCGCUGCGGCGUGAAAGCACAGUUCACCUUGUGCUCGCACGAAAACAAAAUGGAGAAGUUCUUGUUCCAAGCGAACACGCGCAACUGCGUGUUGCUCACGGCGAUUCCACCACCGCCUUGCCUGGUGGGUUACAACCGUUUCCGUUCCAUGCACGAGUGCAGGAAAGCUUGCUAUGACCAGCCGGUGCCGCAAGACAAGUGCUUGUUCCCGGCAGAGUUCCACACCUGUACACCGAGCGACGUCUCCCGGAAGUGGUACUUCGUCCGCAACGGGACUUGCGUAGCGUGGCACUUCCGUGGAGGUAACUGCGUCUCCCCCCGGCUGCCCUUGUUCCGCAACGAGGAAGACUGCCGUGCCCUGUGCCUGGGAGGACGUGUGAGCGAGCGGCACCCCGCUUGCGCAGAUUCUCCCGUAGAGCACGUCUGCUCACCGCUGCAAAUGCGCUUCCCAGUGUACGCGGUGAGCAGGAGCCUCCACAAACUCUCCUGCGUCACUGUGGACCCGGCCGAACUACGGUGCUUGGGCGGGACUAACCGGUUCCGCAGCAAGCCAGAAUGUGAACAAGCCUGUCUCCGCUGAACAGGCUUUGCACUGGAGUUUGAGAAUAUUCUGAACCUUAUAUUGCGGUAUACUGUAAUCGUUAUACUGUUGUUAUCCGUACGCUGUGCGCUGUUCUCCCGUGCUCUGAAUGAAUAAUCUGUAAGUAUCUGUAGUCACAAACUGCUAUAUUGUAGGAACCGAAUGUUUGAGACCUCCCGCGUUGA